GCCGUCCGCGGCUCAUGGCUCAGCCACGGACAGCAGCUGGUCUCCGCUGAGCCCGACUCCAUCCAGCGACGACGGCUCGGGCAGACACGUGGGACAGAGCAGCGUGAGCCUCGGGCCCCACCUCCACCUCCACAAUGCUGGCCUGUCUGCAGCGCACCCAGAACCCACCCCCUCAGCAUCUCCCGUGCCCCAACAAGACCCUGGAGCUCCGAAAGUGUGAGCCGGUGAGCUCCAUGCAUUCCCCGAGGUACCCGAGCCCAGCCGAGUUGGACGCCUAUGCCCAGAAGGUGGCCAACAGCCCCCUCAGCAUCAAGAUCUUCCCCACCAACAUUCGCGUCCCGCAGCACAAACACCUUAGCCGCACCGUGAACGGGUACGACACGACAGGCCAGCGCUAUAGCCCGUACCCGCUGCACGCCAGUGGCUACCAAGGCCUGCUGGCCAUCGUCAAAGCGGCGGUCUCCUCCUCCAGCUCUGUCUCGGCCCCCGCUGCUGCCGCCGCCUCCUCUUCCUCGUCCUCAGGCAAAGGUGUGGUCAAGAGCGUGGAGGGCAAGCGGACGAAGCUGUCCCCUGCUGCCGUGCAGGUGGGCAUCGCGCCCUACCCCGUGUCGAGCACUUUAGGGCCCGGCGCCGUCCCCUUGGGCUACCACGGAGGGCAGAAGCCGCUGGAGGGGCCUGCCCCACCCCCUAACGUCACGGUGGCCGCCUCGGUCAUCCCUCUGGCUGGGCGUGGGCUGGCAUUGCCACCAUCUAACCUGCCCUCCAUUCAGAGUAUCAUCUACCAGGUCAACCAGCAGUGCCAGGCACAGGGCUCCCAGCCGGCCUGCCAGGGGGUGGUGGUCACUCACCCCAGCCCGGCCAAGCGCACCGCAGCGGCCACCCCCGCCGGCUUCUCGGGCAUGGCUGGGUCCACCAUGGCCUACGCCAGCGCCAUGCUGCCCGACUGCCGCAAAGGGGCUGAGCUGGUGGUGGGGGCCACGCCAGCCAUGGCCCUGGGGGGCCUCAAGCCCGCCGGGUACCCAGAUGGCAGCGGGGCGGGCCUGGACUAUUUAAUCUGGCAGCAAAAGCCGCAGCAGCAACUCCGGCUGUACAGUGGGGGCAGCGGCGGGGGAGGGGCAGUGAGCAAGUCCCCCGAGGUGUGCGGGGGCGGGGCCGGGGCAGGGGCCGGGGCUGUGGCCGCCGCCGCCUCGCGCCCCUACCUCCUGAGCGGGGCAGCCGGGGACAAAGUGAGCUCCUCCCCAUUGAACUGCGUGGGCAUGCACGGUAACUUCUCCGUGGGCCCCUACUUUGCUCCCCCUUGGAACAGCAUCCUGGUCACCCCCAACAGUGACUGUUACAACCCCGGGCCGGAGCUGGGCCCGGGAGCUCGGGAGCUGGCUGUGCACCCGGCGGAUGGGCUGUCGGGCCUCCCCAGCAAGACGGUGUGCAACACAUCCAUCCUGAGCAGCAGCCUCCAAUCCUUGGAGUACCUCAUCAACGACAUCCACCCGCCCUGCAUCAAGGAGCAGAUGCUGGGCAAAGGCUACGAGACUGUGUCCGUCCCCCGGCUUUUGGACCACCAGCACGCCCACAUUCGCCUGCCAGUCUACAGAUAAGGCCCGGGGGCUCUGGUCCGGACGGACAGAGGAGGAGGGCAGGGAACCGGCCGGAGAUGGCCAGGAGCCAGGGGAGAGGGGCAGCACUCCCGCCGUGUGGCCCUCCUCACGCCUCCUCGGGCCCUGCCGUGCCCCUCAGCCCCCAAGGGGGGAGGGGCCCAGGCCAGGGCAGCUGGGAGACCCUGCGAGGCUUUGGACAGACGCUCCUGGGCGGGGUCCUGGGCAUUCGGAAGUGGGGAGCACAGGCAUCGGGCACUGCUGCUUUCUGGCAGA